AUCCUCCUCCUCCUCCGCCGCCACCACCACACCACCACCAACCCACCCCAGCCGAGCCGAGCCCCACACGCACACAAGCCUUCCCCUCCCUAACCCAGCCCAACCCACUCCACUUCCCCGGUGAGGCUGAGCGAUCCACGACGAGGCACACCAUCGUCGCCGGCAAGGCGGCAGCAGGUUCGUUCUCUGAACUCUGAUCCUCAGUAGAAGCAGCGCAGGUGAGGAAAAAAAAAAGCCUUUCUUGGGGUAUUUGAUCAAGAAAGUGUUCUUGGGUGGAAGAUUCCAUUCUCAGCAUUCUUUUCGACAACAUCUUCUUAGGAAGAACAGAGAUCCAGAGAACGUUUUUAAUCUCUCUCUCUCUCUCUCUCUCUUGGAUUCAUUAUUGUCCAUGUUUCUAGCCUUUGUUUUUGUUUAGAUUUCUUUUUCCUUCUUUCUUUUUUGAUUUUAGCAAGCUAGGAAGGGUAGUUUUUACAGGCCCCUUCCAGGCUGCAAGAACCACCCCUGUUCUUCGCUUUUUUUGAAGAAACAGGGCUUAAUCACUACCAAAUCAUUUUUCUUUUACUUUUUGUAACUCUAGUUCAGAUUCUGCACAAAAAAAAAUCAUUUUUUUUCAGUUCUUGGUAGCCUUUAGUGUUCUUGCUAAUGGCGGCCAUAGAUUUGUACAAGUACCAGCUGAGCUCCUCGUCUUCGUCUUCCUCGGAUCAGGAGCUCAUGAAAGCGCUCGAACCUUUUAUCAGGAGCGCUUCACCCACCUCCACCUCCACCUCCGCGCCAUUCUCCUACACCUCUGCCUCCACCUUCACCUCCACUCCAUUCUCCUACUCUCCAUUGCCUCAGGAGUCGUACUACCUCCCUGCUUCUUCCUCCUACGCCGCCAUUCCACCUCCCACCAUCGCCACCACCACCUCCUUCUCGGAGCUCCCUCCCCUGCCUCCCUCCUCCUCGUCGUACACCUCGCCGGCGGCGUACCCGCAGGCGAAUACGGCGUCGGGGCUGGCCCAACUGGGCCCGGAGCAGAUCCAGCAGAUCCAGGUGCAGUUCUUGAUGCAGCAGCAGCAGCAGCGGGGGAUGUUGGCGUCGGCGGCGGCGUACCUUGGCCCGCGGGCGCAGCCCAUGAAGCAGGCCGGGGCGGCGGCGUCCGCCGCCGGCAAGAUGUACCGCGGCGUGCGGCAGCGCCACUGGGGCAAGUGGGUGGCGGAGAUCCGGCUCCCGAAGAACCGGACGCGGCUGUGGCUGGGCACGUUCGACACCGCCGAGGACGCGGCGCUUGCCUACGAUAAGGCGGCCUUCCGCCUCCGCGGCGACGCCGCGCGCCUCAACUUCCCCUCCCUCCGCCGCGGCGGCGCCCACCUCGCCGGCCCGCUCCACUCCUCCAUCGACGCCAAGCUCACCGCCAUCUGCCAGACCCUCGCCGCCGCGCCGCCCGCGUCCAAGAAAAGCACCGCCGCCGCCGCCCGCCCGGACUCGCCCAAAGGCUCGGCGUCCACGACGACGACAACGUCGGAGGGAGACGAGUCGGCGAUCUCCGCCUGCUCGCCGCCUCUCCCACCGCUGCCACCGUCGCAGCCAGCGCCCCCGCCGCCGCCCGAGAUGACCAACCUGGACUUCACGGAGGCGCCAUGGGACGAGUCCGACGCCUUCCACCUCUACAAGUUCCCGUCAUGGGAAAUCGACUGGGACUCCAUCCUCUCAUGAACAAACCAACUUUGAUUAAUCUUCUGGUUAAUUAUAUUAAUUAAAUUAAUGUAAUCGGUAGCUUCCAUGGCCUGAUGGAAUAUUAGACAUCGGCCAUGGCUGCUGCAACUAGGGUUUAAGGAGGUCGUCGUCGUCGUCGUCGUCGUAGUCAUUAAGAAAGGUUUAAGCUAAGUGUUCUAUUAGCUCAUUGUUACUGUAUUAAUUUUCUGUACUUAGUAGUGAUCUCCUGGUUACUUCGCCGGUUGUUUUUUUUCUCCGGCAAGGCCAGUUGAGGGUGUAAUGUAAUGUAACUGUUGGUUACUACUAUUGCAAUCCACUCUUCAAAUUUUGUAAUGUAUUUGUUUGUGUCCGCCUAGUGAUUAUAUGUUUGAAAAUUUUAAU